AUGCCGCCGCCUUAUACCUCCCAACUCCGGUACCACCUCCUUCUCAUUCUCCCCAGCCGCCGCCCGAUGUCUCUCUCGUUUUACGACCAGAUGGAGUCCCGAACGCCGCCGCCUGCUGUCUCACCAUCGAGAUGCCAUCAUGGCUUGGCUGUCAGCGAAGACACAUCUCACUACUAUUUCAUUGCCGUCUCCUCGCCACCACUGAAGAAUCACCAGAGCAGCCAUCAUCCUGGUUCCGUCGUCGGCGAAGAUGAAGGGUCACGAGGUCACACGCAUCCUCUUCUCAUUCUUCUGUUGCUCUGUUUCAGCCCGAGUCCGCCACCAUCACGCUGUUGCUGCCUCGGACCAUCGCAUGUCGCCGAGAUGGCGGUUGCGGUGGCGUUUCCUUAUUUUUGUAUGAGCUACUGUUUAAGAAUCGUUCAUGUCAGGGGUUGUGAGUGUCAUCCCGUGAGUUUAGUGUGUGCUGUGUGGUUUGGUUUGCCCGGAAUAUCGAGGAAGGGCCACCACCACUACCAUGAGGUGGCGGCUGCCACCAUCUACCACCACCAGCCACCAUAA